CUCACGUAGUCACACGUUGAUGAUAACCAGCAUGGCGGACGAGCAGGACAGGAAUGGUGAUGGUGAAACAAACACAGAGAAAACAGUCGCCACUGACAGUGGAGGAGAAGAUGCUGGGGAAAUUGAGAAGGAGAUCCCAAAGAGCUUCAAGGAUUUGGGGGUAACGGAGGUGCUGUGCGAGGCCUGUGAGCAGCUGGGGUGGAAAACCCCCACCAAGAUCCAGGUGGAGGCCAUACCUGUGGCCCUGCAAGGGCGUGAUGUCAUCGGCCUGGCAGAGACGGGUUCGGGGAAGACGGGAGCCUUUGCCCUCCCCAUCCUGCAGUCUCUCCUGUCUUCCGCCCAGCGGCUGCACACCCUCGUUCUCACCCCCACCCGUGAGCUGGCCUUCCAGAUCGCGGAGCAGUUCGACGCCUUGGGGUCCAGCAUUGGCGUCAAAACAGCUGUGAUAGUUGGGGGGAUUGACAUGAUGUCUCAGUCCCUGGCCCUGGCCAAGAAGCCCCACAUUGUCAUCGCCACGCCCGGCAGGUUAAUCGAUCACCUGGAGAACACCAAGGGCUUCACGCUCCGCGCUCUGCGUUUCCUGGUGAUGGACGAAGCCGACAGGAUCCUCAACAUGGACUUUGAGACCGAGGUGGAUAAGAUUCUGAAAGUGAUCCCCAGAGACAGGCGAACAUUCCUCUUCUCUGCCACCAUGACCAAGAAGGUUCAGAAACUGCAGAGGGCUGCUCUGAAGGACCCGGUGAAAUGCGCCGUUUCAACCAAGUACUCCACCGUGGACAAACUGCAACAGUACUACAUCUUCAUCCCCUCUAAAUACAAGGACUGCUACCUGGUGUCCAUCCUGAAUGAGCUGGCUGGGAACUCGUUCAUGAUUUUCUGCAGCACCUGUAAUAACGCACAGAGAGUAGCGCUACUGCUGAGGAACCUGGGAAUCACAGCCAUCCCCCUGCAUGGCCAGAUGAGUCAGAACAAGCGGCUCGGCGCGCUCAACAAGUUCAAGUCGAAGUCUCGCUCCGUGCUCCUGGCGACGGACGUGGCGUCCCGAGGUUUGGACAUUCCGCACGUCGACUGCGUCAUCAACUACGACAUCCCCACCCACUCCAAGGACUACAUCCACAGGGUGGGCCGAACAGCGAGAGCAGGGCGCUCUGGGAAAUCCAUCACUUUCGUCACGCAGUAUGACGUGGAGCUGUUCCAGCGAAUUGAAAGCCUGAUAGGGAAGAAGCUGCCCGCCUUCCCCAUGCAGGAGGAGGAGGUGAUGAUGUUGGUGGAGAGGGUCAGUGAGGCGCAGAGGUUCGCCAGGAUCGAAAUGAAAGAACAAGGAGAGUAUAAGAAAAGACCCAGAGGAGGAGAGGGAGAGGGAGAAGGGGACGACACAGAGCAGUCCAGUGGUGUGCGGAAGAAAGUGAAGGGAGGGGGUGGGCGGGGCGGAGGAAGUUGGCGGGGUGGAGGAAGAGGACGGGGCGAAGGAAGAGGACGUGGUGGGGGGAGGGGACGCUAGCCCCGCCUCACCCCCCCUCCCCGGUGAUGGUGUUGUACAGCUGUAACAGACGUGAUCAAUAAUGUUUCAAUCCUUUGUAAUAAAAUAUACUGCUCCUUUGAAAUAA